GGACCAGGUCUCGGAUGAGCAUGCAAACCAGCCAUAUAUUGUUGUUUGUCUAACCUUAGUAGGCCUCACGGAUCAUUAAUUUCCUCCAUGGAAGGAAGAACAAGCAUGCUUCUCCAGGUGGUUCUGAAACACUUACCAUUUGAACUAAACCCAACUUCCUUUGUCUCUCUCUUCUCCUUCAUCAUCGCCAUAGUCUUGCUCAUCAAACUCCAAACAGUAACCAGAAGAAACAAACCCGACCUACUGCCUCCAUCGCCGCCUAAAUUUCCAUUCAUCGGCAAUCUUCACCAGCUCGGCACUCUGCCUCACCGUUCUCUCACAGCUCUCUCCCGCAAGUAUGGCUCUCUCAUGUUGCUCCGCUUAGGUCAAACCCCAACUCUGGUGGUUUCUUCUGCACACAUGGCCAAAGAAAUAACCAAAUCCCACGACGUCGUUUUCUCAGAUAGGCCUCAAACCACAGCUGCAAAAAUACUUCUCUAUGGAUGCACUGAUGUCGGUUUCUUACCCUACGGUGAAGAGUGGAGGCUCAAGAGGAAAAUCUGUGUUCUUGGACUUCUCAGCCUUAAAAGAGUUCAAUCCUUUCAGUACAUCAGAGAAGAGGAAGUUGCAGAUUUGGUCAAUAAGAUUCGUCAAGCAUGUUCUGAGCAUGAUGAUCAUGUGAAUAUUUCUCAGAUGGUUAUUGCAACUUCAAAUAAUAUUGUGAGCAGAUGUCUUCUUGGAGAGAAGUUUGAAGCAGGAGAUGGAAAAAGCAGUUUUGGCAACUUAGCAAGGAAAGUGAUGGUCCUACUGGCAGCUUUCAGUUUUGGAAACUUCUUCCCUUCAUUGAGAUGGAUGGAUUUCGUUACGGGAUUAAUUCCGAAGUUGAAUGCUACGUUUAGAGAAUUAGAUACUUUCUUCGAUGAGGUCCUCGCUCAGCAUAAGGCAGCUAAAAGGAAUGACGAUGAUGGUCAUCACAGAUCAGAAAAGAAAGACUUCGUUGAUAUUCUCCACCAACUUCAACACGAUGAUCUGUUAGAUAUCGAACUCAACCAAUCUGACAUCAAAGCCAUGAUAAUGGAUUUUUUCACAGGAGGAAGCGACACAACUUCCACAGCUCUGGAAUGGGCUUUUGCAGAACUCAUGAGGAAUCCAAGAACAAUGAAGAAAGCCCAGGAAGAGGUGAGAAGAAUGAUGGGGAAAAAAUCCAAAGUGGAAGAAACUGAUGUGAGGAAAAUGAAGUUCUUGGAAUGUGUCGUCAAAGAAACUUUAAGAUUACAUCCUCCUCUUCCUCUGUCGGUGCCAAGAGAGACAAGAUCAGGUGUGACUUUGGGCGGGUACUAUGUUCCUCCAAAAACAACCGUAUUUAUGAAUGCAUGGGCAAUUCAGAGAGAUCCUGAGUUUUGGGAAAGACCAGAAGAGUUUGUCCCUGAGAGAUUUGAGAACAGCAACGUUGAUUUCAAAGGUCAAGACUUUGAACUUAUUCCUUUUGGUAGUGGAAGGAGGGGAUGUCCAGGACUUUCAUUUGGAAUUGCAUCACUUGACUAUGUGUUAGCUAAUCUUUUGUAUUGGUUCGACUGGAAGCUUCCUACUGAAGCAAGUAAAUCUACUCAGCAAGCCAUAGACAUGAGUGAGAUAUUCGGGCUUACUGUCGUUAAGAAACAACCUAUUUGUGUCCAACCAAUACCGUACCUGAUAUAGCAUCUUAGUUUUGGUAUCCGAUUAGUUCAUGAUCUGUGUUUCAAAUUUGUGGUUUCAAGUUAUUUUCAUAGUGUAUUUUAAAUACAAAUUGCCAGUAAGUUUGCUGUGUUUGGAUGCUAGUUUUCCAUUAUAUGGAUGUUUGAAUACUUGUAUUGCAGUGGAAGUUGGAUGCAUCAUGUUGUAAAAU